AAGCUCUCAUCACUAUCGCACAUACGUCAAUGAAGCGCACAGUUGUCAGCUGUCAUAUUCCUUUCUUCACGUGCUAGGAAAUGGUGUUGUUUAUUAUUGCUUGAAUUACUUAUUUUAGGAUAAAAAAUGCGUAUAGAAACGUGCUAUUUCUGCUCUUCCAGAAUAUAUCCUGGCCACGGUAUCCAGUUUGUUAGAAAUGACUGUAAAAUUUUCAAAUUCUGCCGUUCAAAAUGCCACGCUGCGUUCAAAAAGAAGAAGAAUCCACGUAAGGUGAAAUGGACCAAAGCGUACAGGAAAACAGUGGGUAAAGAAUUGGCUAUUGACCCAUCGUUUGAAUUCGAAAAACGCAGAAAUGUACCAGUUAAAUAUGACAGAGAAAUGUGGACAAAGGCCGUGGAGGCCAUGAAGAAGGUCGAGAACAUCAAACAGAAACGACAAGGAACGUAUAUUAUGCAGAGGUUAAGAAAGGGCAGAGAAUUAGAACAGGAAAGGGACAUCAAGGAGGUACAGCGAGACUUGUCAUUGAUCAGGUCACCUGCAGCUGGCCUUAAAGAACGUAAACAGGCAGAAGCUAUGGCUGAAGACAUGAGGGAGAGUGACGAUGAAAAGGAAGAAAUGGAAGGGGUUGUGGAAUAUGGGGGAGAGGUCACUCUGUAAUGUUUUAGAGAAAUAAAUGUUAUUAAAUUUGUAGA